AUGGACAACCACGCGUUCACCCCCAUCAACGUGCACUUCAUCCUGCACAUCCUCUACCAACUGUUGGUGAACGCCAAUAGAAGCAGGGAAAGAGAGGAGCUCUACCGCGUCUUCCCGAGACCAGCAGGUCGACCAGUCGGUGGGGAAGAAGGUCUCACCGCCUUCCGUCUUGUCACUCCAACCCCCGAACCGCCCGUCAACUUUGUUUGUGAGGCCCCAGCUGGAACUCAGUACCCCACCAGGAAAGUCCCUGGGAGCACAGCAGCUGGGGACUCACGGAUCAUCUCCCUGCUGCUGAUUGCCCUCCACUGCCUCUUCCCGCCAACAGGAAUCGCAGUCGUUGGCGACGAAGGAAGCGACGGACCUGCCCCUGGCUCCUCUGGAUCUGGCCCCGGUACAUCACUCAACGGAGAAGAUGGAAACGACACAUCUUCCUCAGACGAUCAACCAGGGCCAUCACGCCGUCGCUCCGAGCCGGACAUGAGGGACGUUGGAACCGGAACAACGGAAGCAGAGGACCCUCGGCUGGCUCAACUGAUGGAAGAAAACGAGAGGCUAAAAAAGGAAAAUGAGGAGAAAGUCUUCAUCGAUGUCAUCUGGUAUGGAUCGUCGCAAGUGACAAAUGGAGCAUCUUUGCAAUAG